AAGGAAAAGGAAGCAAUUACCAAGGAGGGAACAACGGAUAUAGAGAUGGAAGGAACUCGUGGAAAGGAGGAAACCUUACCACCGGGUUUUCGAUUUCAUCCUACAGAUGAAGAACUCAUCACUUGCUAUCUCAUAAAUAAGAUAUCGGAUUCUAGUUUUACAGGCAAAGCAAUAACUGAUGUAGAUCUCAACAAAUGUGAGCCAUGGGAGCUGCCAGGGAAGGCGAAGAUGGGAGAAAAAGAAUGGUACUUCUUCAGUCUCAGAGAUCGUAAAUACCCCACUGGUGUGAGAACUAAUCGAGCAACGAACACCGGGUACUGGAAGACCACAGGGAAAGACAAGGAGAUCCUCAAUAGUGUUACAUCGGAGUUGGUAGGUAUGAAAAAGACUUUGGUUUUCUACAAAGGAAGAGCUCCAAGAGGAGAGAAAAGUAACUGGGUCAUGCAUGAAUACCGCAUUCACUCAAAAUCCAGCUUCAGAACUAGCAAGCAGGAUGAAUGGGUGGUUUGCAGGGUAUUCCAGAAGAGUGCUGGAGCAAAAAAGUACCCUUCUUCCAACCAUACAAGAGCAGUGAAUCCUUAUAGCUUGGAAAUAGGUCCUAAUAUUGUGCCACCUCCAAUGAUGCAAUUAGGAGAUCAUGCUGCUCAUUUCCUUUAUGGAAGGAAUUACAUGAGCAAUGCAGAGGUAGCCGAAGUUGCUAGGGUUUUGAGAGGAGGUGGAUCCACCAGUAAUGUCAACCUACCAAUGCUAUCCCACUUGAACUACCCUGCAUCUGCAGCAGGAGGAGGAUUCACCAUUUCAGGGCUUAAUUUGAAUCUUGGAGGAGGAGGAGGAGGAGCAACAUCACAACCCAUUUUGCGGCCAAUGCAACCUUUGUCACAUCAUGCUCAGACAAUGGCUCAUGUACAUGAUGUCAGUUCCAACAUGAUGACAGCUAGUUCUCUUGGUGCAGAGAAUGUAGGUUAUGUUACAGAAAUGAGCAAUGCAAAUCCUCAUGGUAAUAGGUAUAUGGGCAUGGACCAUUGCAUGGAUCUAGAUAAUUACUGGCCUUCCUACUAA